CCAUGCUCAUAUCUUGCCGUCAUUGCACGUCAUUGGAUCAAGUUGUGAAUACUGGUGGAUACAUGUAAAACUUCAUAGUAUCAUGGAGAUCGUUGCCACGAUUGAGUUAAAUUGUCGAUUCUGUGUUUUUACAUCAGUGCGAUACAAUAGCUAAAUGCAAUAGAUGUGAUAUACUUGAAAUUAAUAUUAAUCUUAAACUAUGCAAAUAGCGCGUUUAAAAAUAUAUAAUUAUUUAAACUAAGUGUCGCGUAAGCUCUGCAAUGAAAUUUUAAAGGCUUAGACAAAACUUUUAUCCGUUGUAUCGGACGCCGCUUGAGUUGUGUGGUUAAGAUCUUCGAUCGACACACUAGCUCGAUCUCACUAAAAUGGCAACGGCAGGUUUGGAGGUAAAAGAAGCAGGCAGAGCUCUUCGGGUUCAAGCAGAGGCACCCCAUCUCGUUUCAAUGGGAAGUGGAAGAUUGUCAACAGCAAUUACUCUUCAUCCAUUACCUGAAGGGCAAAUAAUAAUAGGAUCUGAUCAAAGUGCUGACAUUUCUAUAACAGGAACAGGUGUUGAGCUUAUUCAUUGCACAAUUGAAAACCAUAACGGUAUCGUUACUCUUCAUCCUGUAAGUGGGGAUACAUUAGUUGACGGAGUCAUCAUGAACUCACCUAUUAAACUUACUCAAGGGUGUAUACUGUCAAUAGGAAGAUCGAAUUAUAUGCGGUUUAAUAAUCCUGCUGAAGCAAAACAAUUAAAAUCUGUUCUGCCAAAUUCAAGAAUAUCGAUGACGCCCAUUAAUUUCUGCUUAUUAUCCGAAAACUUAUACGAGCAUCUAGAACGUAAACCACCGACAGGACCAAGAAAAUCACUUCGUGAUUCAUGUCUUGAUGAUGAAAUUGGUUUUCAAAGCAAACUAACUAAAUUUGAAAUGCUCGCAAGGCAAAAUAGAAACUGUGUAUCACCUAAGGUCUUUCCAGCAGGUUCAUUAACUACUAAUGUUCCUGCAGUGCAAAUUCUUGGGCAUUCAAGAACAACAAAUUUAAUUUCACUUGGUAAAAAUGAAAAUUCUCCUCUUCGAAAUCUUACCAAUUUUGAUAAAAGUCGAUCAAGUACCCCGAAUCAUAGUAACUCUAACAACCAUAUUAAUUACAUUGACGAACAACAGCAAAGGAUAGACAGCAAAUCUUCAAGUCGCUCAAAUAUUUCUAACUCUGAGUACUGUAUCCCAAUAUCGAAUCAUAAUCAAAUUCAAUUGUAUACUACAACUGAAGCAUUUCUUAAGCAUUACAAACCACAAUAUAAUGAGAAUAAUAAUGGAACUCAAAAUUUGCCGCCACGUUCAAAAUCGUUUAAGCAUGAAAAUAAUUACGAUUUAAUGUCAAGAAGUUUAACUUGUCAAGUAUCUUCUGAGAUAGAUAAAUUUAGCCGAAAAUUCGAUAUGAGCCAAAGCCUUAUCGUAGCUAAGACUACCAUGACAGAAUAUUUUCAAGUAGAUAAGUUUGAAUCCAACCCUAAUCUAUGUAAUCGUCCGACUACUCACGGAUCUCAUUCAUCUGUUAAUAAUAUAAAAAGUAACAUAAAUUUUGGCUCUAGUCCCAAUAUAAAAAGGAUCCAAGCACCCAGUCCAUCAUUUAAUCGUAACCCAAAGUAUAGCGACCAUAAAAAACUUCAUGAAAAUAUGAUAACUCCAAAACUUAGUACAAGUAAUAACUGUUCAUUUCAAGAACUUCAAGAAAGGGAAAUAGAUGCCGAAAUAAAAACAGAGGAAGCACAGAAAAAAAUAAAAAUAGUACAAAAAGAAAGAUUACGUGAGCAAGAAAUUGAAAAGCAAGAGAAAAUACGACUUGAAGAAAUAUUAACGUUGUGUGCAGAGUAUGAAAAGCAAAAUACAUUAGAGAAGCCAAAACAACCAAAUAGGAUUAAAACUAAUGGAUCACUACCUCGAGAUAGGAGACCAGGUCAAAAUUCACCAUUUAAUAGCUCUCAAAACUCUCCAAUCAGCCAAUCUUAUUUUUCCUUUGAUUCUUCGAACCAAAAUUCAUUGCUCAAAAGCUUUCAACAAAAUGGAUCGACUUCUUACAAUACACAAAAUGGAUCGCCUUUACCAGAUAAAUUAAUUUCACCAAAUAAUAAUCGACAAAUAACAUGGCAAAAUAGUUUGACACAAUCGGAGUCCAACUUAACAACUAAAACAUCGCAAUCACAAAUUCUUCAAGAAAUUAAUGAGUUUCAAAAUUAUAAAACUGAUAACUAUAUUGAUACCGGAACAAGCAAUAGCUCACCAUUUAGUUUUGAAAACAUUUCUAUUAAAGAAAAUAUUAAUCAUUAUGAAAAUGUGAUUAAUUUAUCGCAACGAAAUAACAAUCCAAUUUAUGCGACAGUAAAAAAAAAUGGAAAUUUAACUAAUUCAUGUGAAAUUAUUGACAAUAAACUCGCAAUAUCGAAUGAUGACCUUCUAGAAGCUAUUGAACAACUGUCUAUGUUAUCAAAAUCCAAAGAAAUUUAUAGUAAACCAAAGAACAAUAAAAUUGAAAAAAAGAAUACGAAAUCAAAUGAGGUGAAAGCUGAUAAAGAAAAAAAAGAACUUGAAGAUGAAGACAAAAGAAAAUAUAUUGCAUUUUUACAAAAUGAAAAACUCCAUAUUCUUGGAAAUAUGGAUGCCCUCAAACGUGGCAUUACUGAUAUCGAAACACAAGAAGAAGAAAUUAGUCGUGAGCUUGAACUAGAAAAAGCGUUGCUAUCGGCUGAGUAUGAGUCAGAAUCAUUAAAGUUAACAGCUGAUGAGACUGAAAAAAUAAAUAUUCAAAUAAGAAUUAAUAAACUUGAACGUGAAAUGGCAGAAGAUACAUCGAUACAAGCAAAUCUUCAAGCUGAAGCCAAAUGUCGAGUUGAGAAAGUACAUCAAUUAUGUAUUCAAUUAGGAAAUGAAUUAAAAAAUUGCGAUGACAAUAAACAGAAAUUACUCACUGACAAGUUGCAUGUACAACAGGAUGCACUGGAAACAGAAAAAAAAACAUUUGAGGACCUUGAAUUUCAUCAUCUUGAAGAAGAAGCUAGUAAGUUAGCGACUAGAGAAGAAUUGCAGAGGUACUUGAGUGAACUUUCUCAUAAAAUAGAAGAACGAAAAUUGCAACUCAAUCAUUUGGAAUCCCAACGGAAUGAAGCAAAAACGUCAGCAAUGAAAGACUCUAAAACUCUUGAACGUCAAAAAUUGGGACUUAUGAGAAGACUAGAAGAAGGUCGCAACAGAUUACGUGCCAUAGACGAUGAAUUACAAAACUUAACAAAAAAUACUAGAGAAAAUUCUGAAGAAAAACGAUCUCCGAGUAGAGAAGAUUUUGAUAGGAUUUCAAAAGUUACCCAUAACUCACCAAUUGUUAAUAGCCAAGGAAGUUUAGGAAGAAAGACAAUUGAAUCACUUAAAGAAAUCGAAAGGAACCGUCAAUUACAUCUCGCUAAACAAGGAAGUCAAGUUAUAUCAGAAGAACGAAGAAGAGUUGAAGAAUUGAAAAGAAGAGUUCAAGAUGAAGUGCGAUCACAAUGGGAAGAAAGAAAAAUGAAUUGCGCUUCAUUCAAUAGUGUCGAAUCAGGUGAAGAAUCGUCUAAUUAUUCAAAUGGUCCUACUGAAAGCGGAAGUAGAAGUAGUGAUGGUGCAGACAUCGGUAUAAAUGAAAAAAUGUCGCCAUGUAAACUUUCGGAAUUUACUUCACCAAGCCUCGGAACGUCAAAUAAUUCUUUUCCACUUUUAAAAAAUGAGAAUGUGAAAGAUGGUAGAACUUCCUCAAUAGAAGGCGAGCGGGUCAGUAGCGGUAGCAUAGGAAUUACUGAUGGUGACAGAAGUCGUCCACUUUCACAAACCUCUAGCGAAGUAGAAAGUAUCGGAUCAUUGCAAAUUGUAAAACAUCGUGACAAAACGAAACUUCAGCGUCCAUUGACGAGAUAUCUCCCUAUAAAGUCUGAAUCAUUGGACUUGAGACAUCAUAUAGAAACAGCAGGUCAUCAAUUAUCUCUUAUAAACGAUGUAACUAUCGACACAACAACUUGCAGUGGUUACCUCUUAAAAAUGAGCAAAAAAUUUCAUCAUUGGAACAAACGUUGGUUCAUUUUUGAUCGUAAACGAAAGACACUGUCUUACUACAGUGAUAACUCAUCAAAAAAAACUCGUGGACUGAUAUAUUUUCAGUCAAUUGAAGAAGUUUACGUUGAUCACAUGAAUACUGUUCGAUCACCUCAACCAUCGCUUACUUUUAUUAUUAAAACUUCAACAAGAUCUUAUCAUUUGAUGGCGCCAAGUUCAGAAGCGAUGAGGGUAUGGGUUGAUGUUGUAUUCACUGGAGCUGAAGGAUAUCAUGAAUUUGAUCAUCAAGUUUGACUAAAUAUUAAUGUUAUAAUACUUUUAACAGGAUUUCAUAUAAUAAAAAUACAAAGCCUAA